GGAGACUGCGGGUGUGGGCUGAACUGGUAGCCCGGGAGACGCUGGUUGAAGUUUCAUCCUAUUUGGGACAAUACAUCCUCUUUCAUUGUGCUGAUGGUGGCGCGGCCGCGAUGACGGCACGGCCGCCGGCCGGGCUGACGCAGCUGGCGCCGCCGGCGGGCGUGCUGUCACCGGCGCCGUCGGCCACCCUCUCGCCGCCACUCUCUGAGCCCGAGCAGCGGCCCGGCGAGGCCACGCGCGCUCCGGCUGCCGGUCGACUCAAGUUCUUCGGCAGAGACGGUCACGUGCUGCUGGAGCUGUCGCACGGCCCGCCGGACGGCUGGCAGCGGCGCUGGGUGGCCGUCAGCCGCGACACCUGCUGGCCGCCGACGACGGUCGCCGCGCCUGUGGACACCAUCGCCGCUGGCGCCGAUGGCCGAUCAUCGCCGGCCCCACGGCCGCCCGCCGGCUGGGCGUCGGAAGCAGUGUUCGCCGCGUCGGCGUCCGGUUGGCACGCUGCUCUGGCAGGGCCGGACCGGCGGCGCCGGAGCGUCGAUGGUGCAUAG